UUUCAAGUUAACAAGUUGGUGUGAGCUUGCUUAAUUUGUUGGUCCCAGAAAGAACUAUGGUAAACUGACAGUAAGCAUAAAGCUUGCCAAUUCAUGAUGUUAUUUAAGUGGGUAAGAGAUUAUUAGACUAUUCACGUUAUUUUACUUGUUAUAACAUGUUGCAUGUUUUAUUUUCCUAGUAACGAUUUCAACUUAUUAUAGACAGCUACGUGGAGUUAUUUUUUGGGGAUGUGAUGGAGAAAAGAUUUAUAUUGUCAUAGUGUAGAAGUUAAACUUUACAUCUAUAUUGUCGGUGUGUAGGAGUAUAUACAUUGUCAGUGUAAUAAAACUCCUUUGCAAUAUCAUCAGGCUGCUUCAGGAUAUCUACACGUUAAUCUUCUUAAUUAAGUAGUAUGAACUGAUUUAAAAGAGAUGCAAACAACUCCCAUGUCUUGUCUUGCUAGGGAGGUUGUAGAGGACACGAAUUAGGAUAAAAAGUUGAUAUAAAACAGUCGUUGUCUUGCUAUAUAUCCAUCCAUACUAGUAGUUGUAGUAUACUAGUAUUUCUCCGGUAGUUGUUCGUCCUUUGAUUUCUAUUACAAUCGGUUGUUUCUUGUAUUUCGACUAUCAUAUUAUUUUGUUGCAGUUACUGUCUUGUUACUUACUAUAUGUUGUUUUUGUUACUAUCUGCUAUUUCUUGACUACUUUGGAUUUUUUUUGCUUGUGCCGAGGAUCUAUUGAAAACAGUCUCUCUACGUAUUGAGGUAGUGGUAAGUUAAUACCCCGCUUUGUGGAUUAUACGGGUGUGUUGCUGCAACAGCUCCCAUUGAAAAGAACACCUUGCAUUAUCCAUUUUAAGAAACAUUCUUUUCAUUGACAUAAUCUCUGUUCACAAAUAAAAAAAAAAAAAACUAAUUUGGUCGGUAGUGAUAGUGGAGUUUAACAACCUUUUGUCCUUAUGGUACAUAUAGUUGAGCCAAAAGAAGUCUUACAGUGUGGUAAUAGGAAGGGUUGGAAAACCAAAAAAGAUGACCAACAGCAGAAGAAAUAUGCUACAUUUUGUUCAUGUAAUGCUUGUUAUUCUUCAUUGUUUCAAUGCAGGAUUUUGCACAGAGAUAGAUAGCAUUACUAGCACUCAAUCUCUGAGAGAUCCUGGGAUUUUAUCUUCCCCAGGAGGCGUCUAUAAGUUGGGAUUUUUCAGUCCUCUAAACAGCACUAAUAGGUAUGUUGGUAUUUGGUACAAUGUUUCUGCAACAACUGUCAUUUGGGUGGCUAAUAGGGAUAAACCUUUAAGAGAUUCUUCUGGGGUUGUAAAGAUAUCUGGUGAUGGAAAUGUCGUUGUUAUGAAUGGAGAGGAGGAGAUUCUUUGGUCAUCAAAUGUUUCAAGCUCUCAGGUAGACUCAAUUGCGCUUCUCCAAGAUUCUGGGAACUUUGUUCUUGUUGAUCAUCUGAACAAUAUGAGCACAAUAUGGCAGAGUUUUGAACAUCCUUCUGAUACAAUUGUCCUUAAAAUGAUAAUAGGUGAAAACACAAGGACCGGGGAGAGGGUAAAAAUAGAAUCUUGGAGAAGCCCUUGGGAUCCUAAUUUUGGAAACUUUUCCUUAGGAAUGGGCUCUGCAAGCAUUCCGCAGGUGUAUAUUUGGAAAGGCAGUCAUCCGUAUUGGCGAAGUGGUCAAUGGAAUGGCCAGAUUUUCAUUGGAGUGCUGGAAAUGUAUGGUACGACGCGAGGUGGAUUUAGAGUAGAGAACAAUAGCGAAGAUACUCUAUAUUUCCCUGGCCCUAGUGGUUUUAAUUCCUUAAUGACGUUCGCCUUGGAUUGGAAAGGACACGUGAUUCAAUCAUAUUGGGACGAGAAUGAGAAAGACUGGAAGAUAACAUGGUCAGCUCCCAAAAACGAUUGUGAAGUUUAUGGAACUUGCGGUCCAUUUGGGAGCUGCAAUAAUUUACAGUCGCCGAUCUGUUCUUGUCUGAAAGGUUUCGAGCCAAAGUAUAGGGAAGAAUGGGAAAAGGGGAAUUGGACCAGUGGUUGUGUUAGGUGCAGAGCUUUGCAAUGUGAAGUAAAUAAUAAGAAUAACUCAGGGGAUUCAAGUAAAGAAGACAGAUUUCUAAAGAUGGAGUUGAUGAAAUUGCCUGAUUUUGCAGAAAGGUCAAACACUAGAGAAGACCAAUGUAGAAGCCAAUGCUUGGGCAAUUGUUCCUGCAUAGCUUAUGCAUUUGUCUCAGGUAUCGGCUGUAUGUCCUGGACUAACAACUUGAUUGAUAUUCAGCAGUUCCAACUCUGGGGGGAAGAUCUCUAUAUUCGUGUGGCUCAUUCAGAGCUAGAUAUGCAUACUGAUCAUCAAAAAGGCAUAACGAAAAUUGUAAUUCCAGUAAUCAUUGGUACUCUUACACUCUGUGUUUGUCUGAUCAUUUGCUCUUCAAGGAUGACCAGACGUACAGGAGUGAAGACAAAGGAGGUUGUUUCAGUUGAUAACAAAAAUCCAGUUCAUAUGGAAGAAGUACCAGUCUUCAACCUUGAUUUGCUUGAAAAUGCAACAUCCCGAUUCCAUGAGGAUAAUAAGCUUGGUCAGGGCGGUUUUGGUCCAGUUUACAGGGGAAAAUUGGAAGAUGGGAAAGAAAUAGCAGUCAAGAGGCUUUCAAAAGCCUCGGGUCAAGGGCUCGAGGAAUUCAUGAAUGAAGUGUUGGUGAUCUCUAAAGUCCAACACAAAAACCUUGUUAGACUCUAUGGAUGUUGUGUGGAUAAAGAGGAGAAGAUGUUGAUUUAUGAAUAUAUGCCAAAGAAUAGCUUGGAUGUGUUUCUCUUUGAUGAAGGUCACCAAGACAUUUUAGAUUGGAGAAAACGUUUCACUAUAAUCGAAGGGGUUGGUCGAGGACUGCUUUAUCUUCACAGAGAUUCAAGAUUGAAGAUAAUUCAUAGAGAUCUGAAGCCAAGUAACAUUUUGCUCGAUAAUAAUUUCAAUCCAAAGAUUUCAGAUUUUGGCAUGGCUAGGAUUUUCGGAUCUGACCAGGAUCAAGCAAACACAAGGAGAGUAGUUGGUACUUAUGGAUACAUGGCCCCUGAAUAUGCAAUCCAAGGAAGAUUCUCUGAGAAAUCCGACGUUUUCAGCUUUGGAGUUCUAGUGUUAGAGAUUAUAAGUGGCCGAAGAAGUACAAGUUCAUGGAUUGAGAUGCCCUCUUUGAGCCUUUUGGGAUAUGCAUGGAAGUUAUGGAAUGAAGAAGAUUUAUCAACUUUUAUCGAUCCGUUCAUAUUGAACCCGAGCACGAAAAUGGAGAUCAGAAAAUGCAUACAGAUUGCUUUACUGUGUGUUCAAGAAUUUGCUGAAGACAGGCCAAGUAUUUCAUCUGUUCUUGUCAUGCUUACCAGUGAAAUUUCAAGUCUUCCAGCACCAUUACAACCUGCUUUUACUCAACGACAUGAGAUUAGAGAAACUAAGUGUACUUUGAACAAUAUUAGUAUCACAAAUCUUACUGGUAGAUGACAUGAUCAUGUGAAAUUACUUUUUCAAGAUAUACUCAAUUGUCAUUAGGGAUAUAAUGAUCCCCCUAGCUCCAAUCUCAUAUGUUAUGAUUUGAACAUAUUUUAUUAAAUUAUUUGAUAUAAAUGUAUGUCAUCUAAUAUUAUUUUUCAUAG